AAGGGUUCCAGUCUGGUAUUUACAUCAUAAUGGUACUGAUGCUAAGGAAUUGCAGGAAGAUAUUCAUCAAACUUUUAGCAACCAUAUACAUGGUAUUAAUAAUAUAUUCAGUGAUAAACUAUAAUUCACGUUGUCGUACCACUAUGCCUGAUGUUCUUGAUUAUCGAUAUUUAAGUGAUCCAAUAUAUUUUAAUAAAUGCCGCAUUGAUUUUCCUGCUUUGGGUAUUAAAAAAAUUGAUAUUUUCAGUGAACCUGAGAUAAACCUUAUUCAAGAAGAAAACAAACAGGUGAAACUUGGCGGAAGUUGGAGACCAAUGACUUGUGAUUCUUGGCAGAAAAUAGCCAUUGUGAUUCCAUAUCGCAAUCGCUGGAAACAUCUGAAAAUAUUACUCAACCGUUUGCAUCCAAUGCUCACUCGACAGAAAGCUGACUACCGAAUAUUUGUAAUAGAACAGAGUGGAAUUAGUACAUUUAAUCGAGGUAAGCUGAUGAACAUUGGUUACUUGGAGGCCCUUGACUAUGACAGCUUUGAUUGUUUUGUAUUCCACGAUGUUGAUUUGAUUCCAGAGAAUGACAAAAAUAUAUAUUUAUGUGACCAACAUGCUAGACAUUUGGCAUCAGCAAUUGAUGAAAUGAGAUACCAUGUGAUGUUCUACAACUAUGCUGGAGGCGUCAUUGCUAUCAACAGGGAAAAUGUAAAGAAGAUCAAUGGUUAUUCCAACUUCUACUGGGGCUGGGGAAAUGAAGAUGAUGACCUCUCAGCACGGACAAAGAGUGCUGGAUUACUACUAACAAGGCCACCGGAAUACAUUGGCAGAUAUAAAAUGGUUCGGCAUGUGAAAGACAGUCGAGCAGAACAUGGAAAUGAACUAUUCUUAAGUUGGCGGAGCCGGUGGUCAGCUGAUGGCCUGAAUGACCAUGAAGGAAUGAAUUAUACGGUUGUGGCUAGGGCUAACAGACCACUCUAUACCAACAUCACAGUUAAUAUCGGUAGAAGCACAGUUCCCAAGAAGCAACCAACUAAUCCAGUCCAGGAGAGUCUUUGGUGGUUCUUUAAUUUUUACUAUCCUUAACUUGUCUAGUCUAAUUCCACCAAAGACUGCCUUGUAUCACAACUGAACAUUACCAUCUGAUGUAAGCAAAAAUAUUUUUUCUGUUUGUUUCUUGUUCACUCACUUUCAUCUCCUGAUCUCUCUAAAAGCAAUGAAACAACAGACUCUUUAACCUCCUCUGUUACCACCAAUAUAGCCACAAAAUUUCAGGGAAACGAGUGAUGGUUCCAACACUAGUUUAGAGUGAAUAUAUUAAAGGCAAGUUUGUGAGAUUGUCAGUGUGGUUUUAUUACUGACAUUGUUAGUAAAGGGCUCAGCCUAAAAUUUCAGGUAAUUCUUCUCUUUACAACAUAUCAACAGAGUUCACAACUUGUCCUUUUUUUUUUUUUUUUUUUUUAAUUACAACUGGGUGUACAUCCUUGUUUUAAUAAUAAUAAUAGAACAUAACAAGGCAGCAAAAUGGCAGGAUUGUGAGCAUGCCAGGUAAACUGCUUUGUAACAUUUCGUCCGUCUUUAUGUUUGGAGUUCAAAUUCCACCAAAGUCAACUUUGCCUCACACACAUAUAUACAUGUAUAUGUGCAUGUGUGUGUGCGUAUGUGUGUGAGUAUAUGUGUGUA